AUGGCAAUGCGACUUUUAUGGCGCGAUCCAUUCUGGAACGGCAAGAGGAAGCCGUUUGGCAUAGGCAUUCUUAUGUCUGGGAUUAUGAUUAUCCUCCUUUUUCUCUCAACGAUGUCGUACCUAUACGGCAUCCUCUUCAAAAGCGGAUAUCGGGCCCAUAACUUGAAUAUUUUGGCUGUUGACUAUGACGGAGGUAUCAUUGGCGAAGCAUUAUCAGUGGCAUACGAACAGUUCCAGGGAGAUGAAUUUCCCAAGCUUCAAUUCCAUACUAAAGCCAAAUAUCCCUCCAUAAUUGAGGUUCAAAAAGCUGUAUGCCGUGGUGAUUAUUGGGGAGCUGUCGUUGCUCAACCGGGAGCAUCGAAUCGUUUGUCUCAGGCUCUGGGUGGUGGCUCUGCGGCGAGUACUUAUAACUCGAGUGACUCCUUGACCUAUAUCAACAAUGGCGCUCGAUAUCCGGCUGUACAGCUAGGCGAUAUCUCUGGAAAUCUGGAAACUCUUAUUGGUGCUGUAUCUUCAGUUUACCAUGCUCUCAACGGAUCACAAGCUCUUUCUUCACUCAACGCAAGCAAUGAAAACGCAGUUCUUGCCUUCUUGAACCCUAUAAAAGCAUCCAACAUCAACAUCAAACCAACUGAACAAGGCACCCGUGUUUUGUAUAAUACUGUGAGCGUAGUCUUACCUAUUAUUCAACAGUUCUUCUUCCUCAUGGCAUUUAAUGGAAUCAACAACAAGUUUGAUAUUUAUGGUCGUCUCAACUCUAAACGAAUUGGCUUGAUGAGGUUGGUUAUCUCGAUAGUGUACACGUUAAUCGCAUCUCUUACAACGACCGGUUAUGUUUGGGCUUUCCGAGAGUCCUGGGAUGUCAGUGGGAGUCAAUUCGCACUUGUAUGGAUGUCAUAUUGGAUAUAUAUGCAUAUCAAUUUCCUUGUUCUGGAUGCGGCUACUGGUUUUAUUCCUGUAUCCUUUCUUCCAUUUUUUGUCCUCCCGUGGGCGAUAAUAAAUGUAGCAGCAAGCAUUUAUCCAUUCGAGCUGAGUCCAGGGUUCUACCGCUGGGCUUAUGCUCUACCUGCUCACGAAUUCUACUCAUUGAUUAUUCGAGUCGAGAGUGGAUGUGGAGAUGUCUUGUACAGAGCGCUUCCCAUUCUUUUUUCCUGGGAGGUAGUAGGAUUAGCCUUAGCAAUCUCGGGAACAUCUUACAGAAACCGACAUGCGGAAGCAGAGCUGAUUGCAGUAGGACAGAUAAAACAAGAUGCAAGUAAGACUGACAACAAUACAAUGCGUGACGAAGAGCAGGAGUUGAUUGUAAUAAAGCGAUCAUCGCGGGUUCAAUAG